AUUUUAUUAUUACUUUCUCAUUGAACCAACAAACACUUCUCUUUUUUUUUAAGUUAUUACUAUGAAAUAUAAAGAAACACUUGACAAGAUCAUUCAAUCAAUGCCCAACCAUGGCGAACUAGAAACUGCUGGCAAAGUGAUAGCCAUUGGUCUUGCCACCUACAUUGUCACCAAGAAACUAUACGAUGCUUAUGCCGGUCCUCUCAGUGGGGUUCCCUCUACGUUUUAUGCCAAAUUCUUUACUAUAUCAAAAGGAUCUUGGGACAAACCUGCUGGUACUUUGUAUAAAAAAUAUUUGGCCUAUAACGACAGAUACGGUCCUGUAGCCAAGUUGGGACCUUCUUAUUUAUUGAUCUCUGACAAGACUAUGAUCAAACAGGUGUUACAACAAGAUGAUUUGCAAAAAGGUGAAGUCUAUGAUAUGCUUAAAAGAAACGGAAUUGAUACUACUUUCACUACUAGAGAUAAAGGAGUACACAAACAUAUACGACGAUUGAUAUCACCUGCAUUCUCUAUCAAAUAUCUCAACUCUUUGGAAGAUCAUAUGCAUGACAUGUUACAAAAUUUAUUGGACAAGGUAUAUAGUAAGGUGGGGGAUCAUCCUGAACAAGGUGCUGUUGUGGAUAUUUGGAAACUAUGGCAACAUCUUGCUCUUGAUGUUAUCGGAACUACUGCUUUUGGACAAACUUUUGAUAUGAUUAAAAAUGAAUCUCAUCCUGUUCCUGAUGUCAUUGCUGCAGAAAUGCGUUGGUCUGGUUGGGUUGUCGCACAUCCCUUUCUUACCAAGAUGCUUACUUUCGGUCGACCUAUCAAAUCCAGACCCGUGAUCACCGAUUUCAUGAUGAAGACCAUUGAAGCACGCAUUAAAAGUGGUGAACGUCGUCAUGAUAUUUUACAAAUUCUAUUGGACACAAAGCAAGCUGAAGAUCCCAACGACAGAUUUUCUGAUACUCAUAUCAUCACUGAAACAAUUCUAUUUUUGAUUGCUGGUUCAGAGACAACUUCGAAUACUUUGGGUUUUGCCAUGAUUGAACUCCUUCGACAUCCUCAAGCAAUGAAGAAGCUUCGUGAUGAAAUCGACACUUUGGAAUUUGUAAAUCCAGAACGACAAAUCUUCAAUCAUGAACAACUUAAGAAUCUACCGUAUUUGAAUGCUGUGAUCAAUGAAACAUUACGAUUAGAUGCAGUAGCAGCUGGUGGCCUUGAACGAAAAGCGGAAAGAGAUGUGACUCUUGGUGGAACUCUGUUUGUUCCUAAAGGUACUUCAAUAAUAUGUAAUAUUUAUCAUGCCCAUUUGAAUGAAAAAUACUGGCCCAAUGCUCGCUCCUUUGAACCUGAACGUUGGCUCCCUAAUGAUACUCCUGGUAGUGUGAAACCUGAUUUGGACGCCUUUUAUCCUUUCAGUAUCGGAACUCGUAACUGUAUUGGCAAGAAUUUCGCUUUGAUGGAAAUGCGUCUGGCUCUUUCUACUGUGAUCAAGCUGUUUGAUAUCAUCGCUAUCCCUGAUGAAAUGGAACAAGCUAAUGACGUACGUCAUUUUGUUACUUUGACUGUAGCUCAAAACAAGUUCAAUGCUAUCCUUCGUCCACGUCGUAUCUGA